GUUAGGCCGUCUUUCCCAACGCCAUAGACCACAUCCUGUCAGGCCGUCUUUCCCAACGCCAUAGACCACAUCCUGUUAGGCCACAUCCUGUUAGGCCACAUCCUGUUAGGCCACAUCCUGUUAGUCCAUCUCCUCCAAUGCUUGACGCAGUAUCCUUUCAAACUCUUCAUCGUCAUCUUCGGCCUCUCUCGACUCCUGCUCCCUCGAUUCGCGACGUAGUCUCGUCUCGGGAUGCUCCGGGUACAUUCCUAGCUCUACUGUGUCUGAGAUGGCGACGACAGCCUCUGACAUAGUGAGGAAUGCAUCUGGCGCGGUGGCGAUUGUAUCUGACGCGAUGGUGGCUGUAUUUGGUGCAGGGACAACGGCUUCUGGCGUACCGAGUGCUGACGUACCGAGUGCUGGCAGACUGAGUGCUGGCGUACUAAAUGCUGGCGUACUCAGUGCUGGCGUACUCAGUGCUGGCGUGCUGACUGCCGGCGUUCUGAUUGCCGUGUGGCGUGCGGGUAUGGCUACUUUUGAAAUCGGACGAGCCCUCUUCAGGGCUUCUUGAAUUUUCAAGGGCUUAGGAGCAGGGGUUGGCGAGGCGGUGCUGCCCCGGCCGACAAAUUCCCGAUUUUUUGAGUAGCUCCGCUUGUGUGAGAUCGAAGUAGGUAUUUUCGGGGUGGUGUGGUUUCUCAGUGGCUCGACGAGGCUGGAACCAGCGGAUGAGCUUUGGUGUGAACUCGGUGCCGAAAACGAGUGCUGAGCGCUUAUGGCUGCCGGUGCCUGCGGUAGGGUCUGUCCAUGGAAGCCGUUGUUCGAUAGUCUCUGUCCAUAGAAGGCGGUGGUCGUGGUGAACAGCUCGGCGGGUGGUAUGGUUUGCCCAUAGAAGCCGGUCUUCGGUAGUGGCUGUCCAUAGAAGCCGGUGUUCGUGCUGAACAGCUCGGCGGGCGGUAGGGUUUGUCGCUGGAAGAUGCUAUUCAUGUUGAGCUCGGCGGACGGUGGGAUUUGUCCCUGGUAGGUGCUGUUCGUGUUGAACGGCUCGGCGGACGGUAGGAACUGUCCAUGGAAGGUGGUAUUCGGUAGUGUCUGUCCAUGGAAGGCGGUGUUCGUGCUGGUCGGCUCAGCGGGCAGUAGCAUCUGUCCAAAGAAGGCGCCGUUCGUGCUCAACAGCUCGGCGGGCUGCAGCGAUGUGUUGGAACACCAUUGGGAGGCCUGAGUGGGCUGAGACUGCGACGGCAUGGAAGGCGACAGCUUCACUCUCUUGUUGGCGGGCUCGUACGGCGCAAGGCACUGUGCGGCAGUCGGAUUGCCGUUGAUGAGGGCUUCCUUCCGUUGCUUGGCGGCGGCGAUGGCUGCCUGCUUCGUGUUAUGCUCGCGUUGCCGUUGGAGGGUCAAGAGCUGUUGGCCGGAGGACAGGCGCCGAUUGAAGCAUGUAGUGCAGUGGAUGCCAUCAUUUUUCGCGGGGCGAAUGGGUGACUCUCUGUGACAUAGGCAGCAAAUCAUGCGAUUUUUGCCUAGCAUUUUCGCCGGAACGUUUCGUGCUUCGUGGCUGAGCUGGGCAUGCAAUGCAUUGCCUUGUGCGUCCCAAAUCUUUUGCGACUCGACAGCCGCUAAUUGCGAGACUGAACUAGGUCCAUAACUGCCAACAGCCUGCGGCGCCGUCCUCGUCAGCGCGGGGCUGUUGAAGAUGAUAGAUGGGUCUUGGAGAUGAGGCUGCGAUGGGCCUGCACCAUAGACUGCCUGUGGUAGUCCGUAUCCCGACGCGAACAUAUCCCGAACAGAGGUCUGCUUAGCAAAUUCAUGCUGCAAAGAGUGCGGAAUGUGAUAAGUCAUGUUGUGCUGUGACAUUUGUGGUGUCGCUGGUGUCUGCGGUGUCUGCGAUCUCUGCGGUGUCUGUGGUGUUUUUGGUAUCUGUGGUAUUUGCCAUCUCUGCUGGUGCUGUGGUGUUUUUGGUAUCUGUGGUAUUUGCCAUCUCUGCUGGUGCUGUGGAGUCUGCGGCAUCUGUGGUAUUUGCCAUCUCUGCUGGUGCUGUGGAGUCUGCGGCAUCUGUGGAAAUGAAGGAGUCACGUAGUUGCUCUGCUGCGGUCCUUGGAGGUUGAAGUCGAAGUUGUUGCAGGUGCACUCGUAGAUCCAAGUGCUAUCCACGAAAUAGCAUGUCUGGCCGCACAUCCCGCAUAACGAUAUGCUCAUAUUCGAAUCUGGCCGAAGCGCCGGUUGCUGUGGUGGUAACGACAUGUCUGGUCGAUGCGUCGAGGUGGAUGUGGGAGCGCUGGUAGCUAGGUAUGCUGUGAGUGCGUUCUCUCGGUCGGUGUUGUUGGUAGUGGUGGGUAGGGGGAGCCUUGCAGUGGGUGUCGAAAAUGAGUGCCAUAUACUACUAGCGCACUAAGCAAUAGCUUGGCAUUCCCGCAGUGGCCCCCCCCCUAAGGCACCGGGCUUCACUCGCACGUUUCCUCUGUUUCACACGCCGCACUCUCUGCUCAGUCUGAUUUGACGUACACGAGCCCGGUAUUUUCGACGUUCUGCAGUGUUCGCUGUCGUCCGCCGCGACAAGUCGCCAGUCGUUUCUUCGUCCCGUGAGUUGGUCGGUCUGCGUCUACUUCAUGCGGGUGAACUCCAUCGUCUGCCGUUGCAAAAUGGUCCCUGAGCGUCAUCAGGAUCUCAUCCAGCGUAUCUAUUCCACCAACUUCAGACCUCUGAGAGCACCCGAUCGAAUCUGCUGGUGAAGGCCCGAAUGGUCCGGUAUGUAGACUGGUCACCUCACCUCUCUGCUUCACUUGGUGACAGUGAGGGAUGGAGGCGCUCAGCAUUGAUCCGCACGUGCUCACGACACAUCGCGGGUGGACUACGAUAUCAGACUCGUCUUGCGACUCCGCGUCUUCAACUUAAACACCGCUUCUGACUUCCUCAUACUAAAGACAGUCACAGACGACCUUCAGCUACAGCAUGGACAUCCCCAUCAACACAGCCAGCAGGAUGGACGACGAUGCUAGUUGGUAUGAGAAAUUCUCGGGCGGUGAGGUCGAUGUCUUUGGAGAUGGGCCACCAGAAAAGCCGCCAGCUCGCCGUCGCAUAAAGCCACAAUUCGUACCUCAGAAGAGCGUGACCUAUGGACCAACCCACCAGCAGCUUCUUGCCAGAUCUUACACCGACAAGCGCAUCCUCGAGAAAUGUUCGGAAUACCAGUUGCACAUUCCAGACGAGAUGGAUGUACCAGAUCGAGUGGUCCCCAGAUAUAGCAGGAGCGUUGAACCUGCUGCCAAGGACUCGUCUGGGAAGUCCGCCCACAGCCAGGCACUGCAUGUAAAUACGCCAAGGCAGGAUUCAGUCUUUGGUGGACGAAGGCAUGACGGUCUCUAUUCAAGUGAGGAGGAAUACGAAAAACCGGUAGGCAAGCCACACAGUUCACUAGUCGCACCAACCACACGAGCAAUCGCUGUGGGCCGACCUCUACCAGAAAGUUCAGAAGUUGUCAAAAAGAUUCCAGAUGGCGACACCUCAGAAGAUGCGCAGGUGCAGGUUGCGACUCAUCCGAAAAGGAUAGUGCAGGGGACACCAUCGAUCUUCCGCCCGACACUUCUCGUCAAGCUUGACGGCGCUCUCCCUAUCCCUUUCGGCGACAAGCGCUUUACCGGAGACACCAACAAGAUUAAGUGGACUGGUAGCAAGCAGGCGUAUUACCGGAAAUGCUCGCUGUUCAUACUCGGACAUUCAACCAAGUGUGGACUGAAGCUGAGCGAUGUGAAGAUUGUGUUCGAACAUAUUUUUCCGAAAUAUGUACAUUCGCUCUCAGAGCCUCCGUCUCCUCAGAAGUUUGGCUCUCAGCUUAGUAUGCACACCUGCACCGAAAAGCCUCGACAUUCGGACUGGGACGGGCUGUUGGGACUGUUACCAGUCGUAGGAUGGAAGCAGAAGUGUGUGAAUGACUGCGAGAGGGCAGUCCAGCUUGCCUUGAGCCAGCUUGGCAUGCAGGCCAAUGCGCCUUCCCCCUGUGCAUCUUGCAUUGCCUGGACCGAAGAUGUGGCCCGGAAGAAGCGCCAAGGAAGGGUCAAGCCGUAGAGGAGUCAGGUGAAAAGGCGACGAAGAAGUGGCGAUCUGGAAGGCCCGGGUGCCUCUAGAACUGAUGUGACUGCAGCGCUGGCGAUACAACACAGCCCAGUCAGAAUGGACUGGACUUGAACCUCCAAGACCAGACGCGAUGCUUCCUUCUUCUAACGCUUCCAGACCUCGUUGGUUGCUGCGCUGAUGAUGUACCAAACCCAUCGACAUACACAUUAGGUAGUGCAGUGCGUUUCCCGAGACUUGGGAUUAUCUGAUCUCAUAAGUCUUGCCAGGAUGCCUUGAUAGCCUGCCCAAAUGACAUAGAAUGAUUUUUGCCAGUUCGUCUCUGGAGACCCGGGAUCACCAUACUUUCAGCAAGCCCAUGAGAUUUCUUGCGGCUAUGCUAUCGAGAUAUUUUGACUCAAGCGAUCUCCGAAGAAACUGAUCACCAGAAAACCCGACCAGAUGAUGUGACCCGAAGCAAGAGGCUAUGCUAUAUUCCUUUUUUUGUCCUUUCUUAUUCUUUUCUUCCUUUCUUUCUUCUGGGCUCUGCCAACAAGUAUCUUCUGCUCAAGUCAUCAAAAAUGUAUUCCAGGACAAUAUUCGGAGCAAUGGCCGCGGGGGUUUUUUCUGGCUGCCUGAGGCAGGUCAAAACCACAACAAGUGCACACAGAAUUGUCCGUCCGACCCAACGACGAGAAACUUGAAUGCGAACAGUCUACUCGCUCGUAUGACGCCGUACACUCUCAUCGUUGACGGACCAAGACCUGUGCUGAGAUGCCCCUUCUCUGAAGACGACUAUGCCGUUGCAGGAGGAGAGACCAGUCGUGAAAUUCAUUGCGGCGUCCAUCUGCUACAGUCUUUGCAUCAGACUGCGAGCCCAAGGCGGGCGAGAGACUCCCCGCCGUCCUUUCUCGGUGACAUGGCGGAUUCGCGGAGUAUUAAUGGACAUACGCGCCGCAAUGAGAAGAU